CGGCAACACAUGAACACAGUAUGUACCGCAGCUAUCAUUCAUCUGUGCUUGUGUAGUUGACGGGUGACUUCGUAACGUAAAGUAAAAAAUAUCGUAACGUAUUUCAUAGUUAAAAGUAUAACAAAAUGGCCAAAAGGAAAAAUAAGCCUUUGAUAGACUCAGAUUCUAGCAGUGAAUGUUCAGAUUUGGAUUCGCAAUUUCUAAAUUUGGCUAAGAAGAAAAAAAAAUCAGACGAUUCUCCUCCACAAACGAAAUCAAAAAGCAAAUCUUCAGACAGCGAAUCAGAUUGGGACGAAGAUGACAAGAAAAAUGACAAAUCAUCAUCCUCCUCUGGCUCAGAAUCAAAUAGUGAUGCAAGAAGUGAUACUUCCAAAAAGAAAGAGCCGGCAAAAACAACUAGAAAGAGUUCCUCAGACCAUUCAGACGAUAAAAAAAAGGUGGAACCAAAGAGAAACGAAGUGAGAAAGAGUACGGAUAGUGCUGGAUCAGGGAAAAAGAAGGAUACAUACAGUGAGCCGGAAGAAGGAGAAGUAUCAUCUCAUUCAUCAGACAAUGAUUCCAUAGAUUCAGAGGAAGAAUUUGAUGAUGGUUACGAUGAAAAUCUAAUGGGGGAUGAAGAAGACAGAGCCAGACUUGCCGCGAUGUCGGAGAAAGAGAGAGAGCAGGAGAUAUUCAAACGCAUAGAGAGAAGAGACUUGAUGAAGACUCGAUGGGAAAUAGAAAGGAAGCUCCGGCUGGCGCGGCGCUCGGCGGCAGAGCGCGGCGCCUCGCCCGGCGAGCUGGCGCGGCGCCGGGAGGCCAGGAGGCGCCGCCGCGAGCUGCGCCAGGCGCGGCGCCGCGGGCCGCGUGCGGUUGCAGUUGCAGCGGAGGCGGAAAAGGAAGAACCGAAGGAGCCUGAAAAGGAAAAAGAACAACCACCAGAGAGUCCCGGUGAAAUCCAAGACGACUCUAAGGACGCGGAACGUUCAACAUCCCCACUUUUUGGUGCGAAGACAGAGCGAAAACGUAACGUCGAUGAUCGUCGAGUAAAUGCCAUGGCGGCCUUGAGGGCACAGAGGGACGCGAGAGCCACGAGAGUAGAAACCGAGCAACGAAAGAAGGCCGAAUUACAGCGCAAGGAGGAUGAUGAUCCCGACGCAGAAAUAAUUGGCGGUACGAGUAAACAGAGCGUCAAGUUAAAGGCUUCAGACAUUUACUCGGACGACUCCGGGUCGGAUUCCGAUGAUAACAAGUCACAAGGCCGACGAAGUUCAUCGAGUUCUUCAUCGUCAGAUACAGAGGAAGUGGAGAAGAAGAGAGAAAGAGAAGAAGUGGAAGUUAAAUACGCAGAUACAAGGGAUCAGAUCAACAAACUUAGAUUAAGCAGAUUUAAAUUAGAACGACUUGUACAUUUGCCGUUCUUCUCGCGAGUGGUUCAGGGCUGUUUCGUCCGUAUUGGAAUUGGAAAUAAUAACGGCAACCCGGUCUAUAGGAUAGCGGAAAUAAUAGACGUAUACGAAACGGCGAAAGUAUACAAUUUAGGUAACACGAGAACAAACAAAGGAUUCAAACUACGUCACGGUACACAGGACAGAGUGUUCCGAUUGGAGUUUGUCAGUAAUCAGGAGUUCACAGACAACGAAUUCCAGAAAUGGCAUAGAGCUAUAAAGGAAGCAAAUAAAAAGCCUCCCACGAUGGACUUCGUCAGAAAUAAAAUAACAGAGGUCAAGGACGCGCUCAUGUAUGAAUUUAAGGAAGAGGAUAUAGAAAAAAUAGUAGCAGAAAAAGAAAGGUUUAGGUCACAUCCGACAAACUACGCCAUGAAGAAAACACAAUUAAUGAAGGAACGCGACGUUGCUCAGCUACGUGGCGAUGAAGAAUUAGUAGCAGACCUGAACGCUAAGCUACAGGAGCUAGAGGAGAGAGCGAGUGCCCUGGACAAAACUAGGACAUCCUCCAUACAAAGUAUCUCGUACAUUAACAACAGGAAUAGGAAACUCAACGUUGAGACCGCUGAGCGGGCUAUUAUGGAAGAGGUGAAAGCGAAUAAAGGAAAGAAAACGGACGAUCCGUUCACAAGGCGGCACACAAAACCUGUGAUGAACUUCAAGUCUCAAGGGACUAGGUCUCAGGAGUUAGCGAAGAACGAACAAGAGGCUGCCAUAGAACAAAAACAGAAAGAGGAAGAAGAGAAGAUUAAUAAAGAAAAGCAGGAGAGAGAGAGAUUAGCGCAACAGCAGUCUGAAGCGGAGACGGCUAAGAAAGAUAAGACUGCCCCCAUAGACAGCAGUAGCUUGUACUCACUGCACGACUUUGAUAUCAACAUCGAGAUAGACCUGCCCGUGCCCAAAGCAGUAACAUCUCAGUCUAAGCAAUUAAUCAAAGUAAAGGAGUCCGGUCCUAAGAGAUCGCUCAAUUUGGAAGAAUACAAAAAGAGGCACGGCCUCAUUUGAGUGUUGGACACUGUGUAUGGACAAAAAUCAUUAACGUUUAAGCUAUCAAUACUUUGAUAUAUAAACUACUAGCUUUGCCCUGUGGUUAAUAUGAGGAUAAAACGUACUAUAAUAUAGCCUAUUACCUUCAUCGGUACAUGGACUAUCCAACAAGAAAUUAAUUUUUCAGUUUGAAUCUGGAUCCUUAGAUUAGCGUUUGCAAACAAACUUUUCAGCUUUAUUUAUAUUACAUAGUACAUGAUUGUAUAUUUAUUAAAAAUUUAAUGUCUACGGAGAUUUUGUGCUGAUACAUUUAUGUUCAUUACAACCUGUAAUCAUUAAAAAUAUUAAUUUUUAAUUUCAAUUAUACUAUGCAAAAUAUUA